CAUCAAGAUUUAAAACGAAAUAGAUACUUCUUUAAUUUACUUAAUUAUUAGUAUAACGUUCACACAUUUUCGUACACAUCCACAACUAAAUAUGGAGUCGUCACGGAGCCUCGAGCACGUGCUCUCCAUGCAAGGUGGCGAGGAUGACGCCAGCUACAUCAAAAACUGUUACGGUCCGGCGGCUGCUUUAGCCUUGAGCAAACCAAUGCUGACGUCAGCCAUCAACUCCAUAAAGCUCACCGAAGGUUACUCCUCUCACCUGAAAAUAGCAGAUUUAGGCUGCGCAAUCGGAGACAACACGUUUUCCACGGUGGACACGGUGGUUGAGGUGUUACGGCAGAAGCUGGCCGUGAUUGACGGUGGGACCGAGCCGGAGACGGAGUUCGAGGUCUUCUUCUCUGACUUGCCGUCCAACGACUUCAACACGUUGUUUCGGUCGUUAGAUGAGAAAGUGAACGGUUCUUGCCGGAAGUACUUCGCGGCUGGCGUUCCCGGCUCGUUCUAUAAGCGUCUGUUUCCGAAAGGAGAGCUCCAUGUCGUUGUGACUAUGACCGCUUUACAGUGGCUCUCUCAGAUACCUGAAAAAGUGAUGGAGAAAGGAUCGAAGUCAUGGAACAAGGGAAGGGUGUGGAUUGAAGGAGCAGAGAAAGAAGUCGUGGAGCCAUACGCGGAGCAAUCAGACAAGGACUUAGUCGAGUUCUUGAAAUGUCGCAAAGAGGAGAUUGUGGUAGGAGGAGUGUUGUUUAUGUUGAUGGGUGGUCGACCUUCUGGCUCAGUGAACCAAAUCGGUGAUCCUGACUCGAGUCUCAAACACCCUUUCACAACUUUGAUGGAUCAAGCUUGGCAAGAUCUAGUAGAUGAGGGUUUAAUAGAAGAGGAAAAAAGAGAUAGUUUCAACAUUCCGGUGUACUUUAGAACCACGGAGGAGAUAGCUGCGACGAUUGAUCGUUGUGGUGGUUUCAAGAUAGAGAAAAUGGAGAAUCUGGAAGUAGCUGACCACAUGAAUGGUAAACAGGAAGAGUUGAUGAAAGAUCCGGAUUCGUACGGUCGAGAUAGGGCUAACUAUGCUCAAGCCGGUUUAAAGCCGACGGUUCAGGCCUAUCUCGGUCCUGAACUGACCCCCUCGAGAAUGCGAGGACGAGGUCCACGGAGCGGCUUCACAAGCUCUUGUGGCGGCGAUGGUUCAACUUUGACACUAAACCAACAUCAAAGGAACGAUGUGGGGCCUUCUGUUACACCUGAAAACACUCCUUUCGGUGGAGGAUCGCCGAGAACUCUAGAGGAGAUGAUACUUCAGCUAGAGGUUGAAGAAGAUAUUGUUCGAAGAGCUAGACUCCGUGAAUCUUACUACGGUACUUAUGAUAAUUGUGAUGACCAUGAUGAUGUUGAUGAUGAUCAGUUGUAUCAUCAGCCCGUUCGGAUGUCAUGCGUUAACAGUUCGGAUAUUUUGAGGUCGGCGAGGAACGCGUUGAAUCAGUAUCCACGUUUCUCACUGGACGGUAAGGACGCAAUGUACCGGUCGUCCUUCAGGCGCCAGCUUGGUACCAGUGCUGACAUGACGAUACAGGGUGGACGGAGAUCCCACUGCGGGGACCAACGGACAUCAAAGAGAUCGAGCCAGAUGAGCUUGGAGACAAAGCGCCUGCCACGGACAGUGGCCGGAGAAAGUGUGGUAUGGUGCAAGACUGGGGUUGUUGCAAAGCUGAUGGGCCUGGAGAUGAUACCUGUUCCGGUUAAGGGGAAAACGGGAAAAGAUAAGUUAGGGACUCUGCUCAAGAGGGAGCGUCUAAGGAGGAGAGAACGGACGCUGGACAUUAAUGGUCGGACCGGUCCGACGACAGAAGCUUCUUGUUCGUCCGGAUUUAACACGACGAGACCAAUCGCAGCAGUUGGGACGCCUAGUCGCGUGGGUGGAUGGCCCACAGUCCGUCUCCCAUAGAAAUACGUUUCAAAACUAGCCCAUUUAAAAACCUUCAUGUUAUCUAUAACUUUUCAUUAUGAUUGAUCAGUAACAUGUUAUGUUUCAAAUAAACCUUCUAGACUAAU